AGCUGCGCUCGACGUUUCCGGACUUGAUGUGCGACGCAGCCUGCGCCUUGUGCGCCUCUCGCAUAAGGCCAUGGUGGAGUUGCUGGCAGCAAUCGGCCUCGGGGCGAAGGAGCUCUUUGCAUACAACCGCGAGAGCUAUAAGUUUGAUCAGGACCAACGGCUGGAGAGGGAGGUGCUGCGACUGGAGAUGCAGGUGAAGCGCUUCGAGCUCUUCCGAGAAGAUGUGCGAGACCUGGUGGAGUUGACCGUGGGCCGCAUGGACGUCUACCAUCUGGUGGGCGCAUUGUUUCUAGAGUUCUGCGUGACCUUCUUUUGUGAAGGGCGAGUUCAGGCCAACGCCCCUCCGUUCAUACUGGCGUUGUUCCUCCUGUCCAACGCGUGUGCAUUCGUGUACCUCCUGCUCGCCGUGUGGCUCAGUAUGCAUGCCUCCAUUGCCUCGCACAGCUUCGGAGUGCGGCUGCUGACGCGCUUCGUGCGGCUGCCCAUCCCCAGCCCUUCUCAGAUCUCAUGCCUUAGCCGCCGCCUCGCGGACUUUGAGCGCCAGGGCUUGGAGAAUGUGCUGAGGUUGCCGGUCCUCCAUGAGAGCAAUGCCUGGCAGUCUGUGGAGGCCGCCAGCAAUGCCAAAGAGCAGGAACAAGCAGGAGAUGCGACUCCCGGCGCUCCACUGGCGAAUUCGGCGGCGAAUUCGACUGCGGGACCAGCGCGGUCAGUGUCAGCGCCCUGCGCCCUGAGCCCACCAGUUCCCGGAGCUCCGGUGGCUGGCCGGGCCUUCCCCGCGGCCAAAGCCGUCGCGGCGCCGCCUUCAGAGGAGACAGAAGAAGCAGCAAGGCGGGAUCCAUUGGGCAACGGCGAGGUGCCCUUCUGCGGAGAGGAGGCAAUGCUGCGGCCAGCAGCACUGCCAGGGCUGCACGUCCAGCUCUUCCGGCGCCUUCAGGCAAAGUGGCAAUGCUAUGAUGCCUACUGCCGUGUGUGCAUGGCUUUGGGAGUCAACCAGAUCUUGCAGGGCCUCACCUAUUACGCAAUUGUGCACACUCUGGUAGAGAACAGGUCGCCCAGUUGCGGCUAUGCGCUGAUCGUGAUCUUCCAAGCUGCAGCUCUGGCUGUGGCAGUUCUAGACAUCUCUGGCCUACGCCGGAGAGCGCUAUUGGCCGUGCAGGCGGUGGGCACUUUGCCGGCGUUCUUGGCUGCGCUGGCGGUGCACAGCGCGGAGCGGAACGAAACCGGGGGCAUCGAGCCAGGGGAGGUGUACUACACAGCUCCAGCCAUGUUCUUCCUACAAGCGACUUGGCUCGAGCUGCUACUAUGGGUGGCCCAGCCCAGCCAGGACAACGCCGCAUUGCCCCGGCGCUUUCGAACUGUGCUCUUCCUGGAUGUUUUUGGGGAUGGAGUCGACCCCACCGACGCAGAGAUCCGGCCCAACUUGACUACCACAGCCUGGUCAGGUGAGGAGGAGCUCCGGGCGGAGCGCUUCGCCGGCGCGGAGGCGGCGCUGGGCGUGGCCGUGAGCGCGGUGCGGCGCUGGGAGGUAGCCCCAAGGGUGGUGAUGUCUGACCUCCAGCAAGCGGAGCUGUCGCGCCUUCGAGUGGAGCUGCAAAUUUGGCGCCGGGCCUUGAAAGGAGAGCUCGCGUGGCGAGCAGCUGCCAGGGGCGUGCCGCACGAGGCAGACCUGGUGGCGGAGGAUUCGAUCAGGCCCUGGGGCGAGCUCUCAAGCGAGCAGGAAGAUCCUUUCGAGGGCUGCCUGAUCGGGCCCUUCGAGCACGACAUGGGCUAUGAGGCCUCCACCUACUUCUUCGACCCGGAGAAGAUCACCUACGUCUGGGAGUCACCAGGCAGCCGCCCGGUGCUGUCCUUGGCUGCCGCGAGCGCCGCCAUCCGGGGCCUCGAGGCGGCCAUGCGCCUGCUGCUCGCAAUGUCGGAGACGGUUGCAGAGGAGGAGGUGGAGACGCGUCAACAGGAUGACCUCGACUUCAUGCUCCGAGGUGUCCUGGCGGUGCCUCGGCGCAUCUGGCACUUCUUCCAGACAAGGCUGGCAGCGGCCCGGGUGGUGGCAGCGGAUGCGGCCGGCAUUGAGCUGUCGGAACCUCUGGUGCAGCGACAGAAUUCCGGUGGCUCUGACUCAGGCCCAAGCAUAGCUGGGCCACAUGCGAAGCACUUCGUGCCGGAACGCCUUCCUUGGCAGGUGCUGCGCAAUGUCACUCGCGUCUUGCAGUUUGCCUGGUGCUUUACAGGAAGCAUGGCGGUGUUGCGGGAGCUCGGCAUUUACAGGAUCGACUUUCAGCAACACCCCGGCAAAGAGCGACGCCUCACGCCAGCACCCCGCUGCGAGGUGGAGGCAAAACUUAGCUUGAGCGGGGCGCUUGAGCAGAUCAACUUCCAAGAGCUCGAGGUGUCUUGGCCCCACGGGAGCUUCUUCGAGGCGGAGGUGAUUUCAUGGCUGGAGACCGAGGAGCCAUCUUCAAGCUCUGGUGACUCAGGUGCUCUCUUGCUGGGCAGCUCCUUUGCCAACUACCGGGGGCAUCCAGGCGCUCGGCCUCUUCAGCUGGAGGAAUUGUCCGCUCACCUCAGCCCUGGGGUGGUUGCCAUCAAUGCAGGCGGCGGAGUGCGUUUUUUGGCGUCCAAGGAGGCGAUGCUGUGGUUCUGGCCCUUUCACGAGGCAUCCUCUCAUUGCAGAGGCGCCGAUGUGGGACGAUCCCUGGGCGUGAGCGGCAAUGCUCCACCCUGGAGGUCGAUGUCUGGGGCGGUGCUGCCAUGCGGCAUGCUGGGACCAAGCGAGGCGUGGUGCCUGGCGCUGGCUGGCUGGGACGGAAGUCGGCUCCUCAUGGCGAGUGCAGCCAUGGAGGAUCUUUGCACUCUGCCCAGUGAGCCGGUGAGGCCGAGAUACGCCGUCCCCUUGCAGGAGGGACCCAGCCCUGUGGCGCUCAGCCUCACGAGGCGCGGCCCCAGGCUGCAGCUUCUGUGCCUCUUUGCGGAUGCAACGAUGCAAGCUUGGGACCUCUUGCAGAAGAAGGCGCUGUGGCGCGCCAGAGCAGCUUGGCCCACGGAUUUGGGGGACUUCCAGGACAUCAGCCGCCGCUUGGAUCCAUCGGACAACGCCCGUGGCGAAGGCUCGAUCCCUGGCGGAGGACGUGGCAAAGUCGGAGGUGUACAUCGUGGGGUUUGGACGGACCAACGGCUCGCGGCUUCUUAAAGCGAGGUUGCUGACGGGCCCUGGCGCCGGCUGAGGAGCAGCGCUGUGUACAAAGACCGGCUCGAAACUGGGCCGCGCAAGGGGAAGCUAUGCUGGCGAGAGAGCUU